CGAACGCAAUCGGCGUGUAACCCUCUAAAGCCUCUCAGUCAACGGCUGCACCCUCGCGAAGUGCGCAAUUUUAAGCAAUUUCAGGAUUCGCCUGUCGACAUCGGCGAUUCGGCGACAUUGAAAUCCCGCAGGCAGGACUGUCCACGGGUGGCGAGACACGUCGCAGACGUGAUUGACAGUACGUGGGGCGCUGCUUCACAUCGUCCGGCCGUGAGUGUUUCCCGUCCGAGGAUCGUGCCGCAUCGUCGCAGACCCGAUGUCGGGCAUAGCGAUCGCCAGGCUUGCCGAGGAGCGCAAAGCAUGGAGGAAGGACCAUCCCUUUGGCUUUGUAGCUAGGCCAACGAAGAACCCAGAUGGUACCCUGAACCUGAUGAGUUGGGAGUGCGCAAUACCUGGCAAGAAAUCUACUCCUUGGGAGGGGGGGUUGUACAAGUUACGCAUGAUUUUCAAAGAUGACUAUCCAUCGAGCCCACCAAAGUGUAAAUUUGAACCACCGCUGUUCCAUCCGAAUGUUUACCCAUCUGGCACAGUCUGCUUGUCGCUCCUGGACGAGGAGAAGGACUGGCGACCGGCCAUCACGAUCAAGCAGAUCCUGCUUGGUAUCCAAGAUCUACUGAAUGAGCCAAACGUGAAAGAUCCUGCUCAAGCUGAAGCGUACACAAUAUAUUGUCAAAAUCGUCUGGAAUAUGAGAAGCGUGUUAAAGCUCAAGCCAGGGUAAUGGCUCCGCAGGAAUAAAUCAUGAGAAAACUCGUCAAAAGUUGACAUAUUUAAAAUAUGUGGGAAAGAUAUUGUAUGUGGAUAAAAAAAACACUAUCCUAAACUAUAACUCUUUAUAAUUAAUCUUUUUUACGAGUAAAAUUAAUAUAUGUUGUAACUAAGUUAAGUUAGUCGCAUGCUUAACAUUUAUUUACCGACUAUUCCGUUCAUGUGUCUUGAAAUUUUGGAGAUGUAAUGUACAUCAUGUGAAGAUCAACACAUAUAAAUACUUUCGCACAUAAAGAAUAUUCUUAUUAAUAUUAAGAUCAUAUUACGACAGAAUAUGUAUACUUUAAGGCAGAAUUAUUUUUUGAUCUAAACUUUAAUUUUUAAGUCUUCGUAAGUGAUUACCGAUGUUAUUUUUUAAGGAGACACGAAGAAGUAGCAGCUGUUAAAUAAAUAUCUCGAUAUCUUAUCUAUAUUAGUUCUAUUCUUGAAUAUAUAUGGUAGUGUAUGUGUAGAGUUUACUAAGUAAUGUACAAAUCUCAAAGAAAAAUAAAAGAUUUCAAACACGAAA